CCGGGCUCGGCUGCAGACGCUGCUCACUGUGCUAUUCCAGAUAGCUAGCGGAGGGGUGGCAGCAGCCUCUUUCUUUCUUUUUCUUUUUCUUCUUCUUUUCCGUCUUCUCCCCCCCGCCCCCCUUGGAGGAAAUACUGCAACCUUCUGGACUGCGUGCCCGGCUCCCUGGAGAGACUCUCUCAGUUCCACCCACUGGCUGGAAGGAGGGGAAGUGAGAGGGGCAAGGCCAGCGGAACACACCAUGUCACUCUGGGAACCAGACAGCAGCAACUAAGCCUGCACGGGUUUCUUUUUCUUUUCUUUAUUUUUUUUCUUUUUUCUUUUUCUUUUUUUCCCAGUUUUUUCCUUUCCAUUCUUUUUCUUUUUGCCCAUUGUUUCUUUUCCCUUUUUCUUCUUUUUAUUAACAUUUCCUUUUUCCGCGGUGGGAAAGAGACACACGAGAGACCGAAAGCUGUACUGCAAGGAUUCCGAGUUGUGCUAAAGGAUCUUUUUCUUUUUUUCUCCUCCUUCGCCUUUACAAGAGCCUGCGAUUGACACCACUAGAGACAGGCUGGUUACAGAGCAAACUGCUUCAUCCGGACUGGACCGGGCAGCUGGGAGGAACCAGGCAGGCAAGAACUGGGGAAGCAAUCUGGGGGUUUCGCUACGGAUCUCAACCCCCAUCUGUUUUUGUUUUUGUUUUCUUUUUCUUUUUCUCUUUUCUUUUGGUUCUUUUGUUUUGCUUUGCUUUGGUUUUUUGGUUGUUUUAAAUUCCUCACGGUGUUGGAACUAGUGAGACUGGAGUCUCAGAAGCCUCGGCAGUCACCCAGACUGCCAGGAACAGUGGAUUAAGAGAAAGAAGCUCGCCUGCCUGGGGCAUCCUACACCCUGUUAUUCAGUUUCCUGCCUCGGAGAUAAAGAUCCCAGCUACAUGGGCAAACGCCUGGAUCAGCCACAAAUGUACCCCCAGUACACGUACUACUGUCCUCAGUACCUCCAAACCAAGCAGUCCUAUGCCCCAGCUCCCCACCCCAUGGCUCCUCCCAGCCCCAGCACAAACAGCAGCAGCAACAGCAGCGGGGAACAGUUGAGUAAGACAAACCUAUACAUCCGAGGACUUCCACCAGGCACCACUGACCAGGACCUCAUCAAGCUAUGUCAACCGUAUGGAAAAAUCGUAUCCACAAAGGCAAUUCUUGACAAGAAUACGAAUCAGUGCAAAGGUUAUGGUUUUGUAGAUUUUGAUAGUCCUGCAGCCGCACAGAAAGCAGUGGCAUCCUUGAAGGCAAAUGGCGUGCAAGCACAGAUGGCCAAGCAACAAGAGCAAGACCCUACGAAUCUAUACAUCUCAAACCUUCCCAUCUCCAUGGAUGAGCAGGAGCUGGAGAACAUGCUAAAACCCUUUGGACAUGUGAUAUCCACCAGAAUCCUGAGGGAUGCUAAUGGAGUCAGCAGGGGCGUUGGCUUUGCCAGAAUGGAGUCUACGGAAAAAUGUGAAGUGGUAAUUCAACAUUUUAAUGGAAAAUAUCUGAAAACACCACCAGGCAUCCCAGCCCCCAGUGAGCCUUUGCUGUGCAAGUUUGCUGACGGAGGACAGAAGAAGAGACAGGGUCAGAGCAAGCACACCCAGAACGGGAGGCCAUGGCCCAGAGAAGGAGAGGCUGGCAUGGCUCUGACCUAUGACCCCACAGCUGCCCUACAGAACGGAUUUUAUUCUUCACCGUACAGUCUCGCAACCAACCGCAUGAUCCCACAGACAUCUAUCACGCCUUUCAUUGCCGCUUCCCCUGUCUCCACAUACCAGGUCCAGAGCACGUCAUGGACGCCACACCUGCCAUACAUUAUGCAACCAACAGGUGCUGUGAUCACACCCGCCGUGGACCACCCCAUGUCAAUGCAGCCAACUAACAUCGUGGGUCCCCUGACACAGCAGAUGAACCAUCUUUCCCUGGGGACAGCAGGAACGAUUCAAUCCCAAGACAGAAUUAUGGUACUUCACCAGCUGUUAUGUCAGUAUAUGACUGCUGCUCCUAUGCAAGGGACCUACAUUCCCCAGUACACGCCUGUGCCUCCGACAGCUGUCUCUAUUGAAACCAUAGACAGAAGUGAGGAUGUCUGUCUGAACCUUUACCUUCAAUGAAGAAACAUCACUGAGCAAGAAGUUAGUUGGCCUCCGGUUUGCACAGGCGCCAAGGGAAAGCUUUCUUCUUCUUUUAUUUUUAUUUUUUUUAUUAUUUUAUAUUUUACUCAAAGAAAACAAAAUUUUUAUGUGCUGUGCGAAUGGUUCCUCCGUGUGGUCUAACACUUAUUUUUAUCAUUUUUUUUUUAAUUAAAGGGGGGAAAAAAAAACAAAUCCCAGAAAGGGGUGGAGGGUGGUAAGCAUCACAAGUUGAUGCUUUCUUUGGAAAAACAGAAUUUGCCUGAAGGUAUAAGUAGAUUUUUUUUUUUAAAUAGAAACACCAAUGUCAAGAGUUGGGCAACCAGAAGUUUAACAAAAUUAUUUUCCUCAGUAAUUAAGCUAUUUUUUUCUCUUCUUUUCCUUUCUUGUUUGAACCUCCUGGGGUUUUUUAUAUAUAUAUAUUUUAUGUUUUCUUAGAAAUAUUUAGGUAAGGUUUAUCUUGAAUCUUAAUUGCCUUAAUUUUAAGGACGUCAAAGGCUUCAGAGGUAUGCUUUCAGCGUCUUGUUAAAAAAAAAAAUCAAGAAAGAAUUGAGGUAUUGUGCCAGCCUUCACUGACAUAGAAGAUGGAGACUGAGUUUUUAGGGUGGAAAAGAAAAAGAAAAAAAAAAAA